CGGCAAACCCCAGCCCUGGGGGUGGGGAGCCAGCAAGUGGAACCGAAGCCCCGGCAGCCCCGGAGCCUGCUCCCAGCCACCAACCCCUUGCCGGGGCAGGAUGGAGGAUCUGGAUGCGCUGCUGGCGGAACUGGAGCAAAGCAAAAACGAGGCCCAUGGGCUGCAGGCACCGAGCGCCCGCGCACCCCCCCCGGCCCCAGCGUCCCCCCCGGCGUGCCUGGAGGUGCAGCCGCCUCGGGCUCAGCCUCCAGCAGAGGCUGUGGACACAGCGUACAGCCCUGUCCCGGUCCCACAGCCGCUGCUCCCAUCUUCCCCACCCACGGGAGCCGCUCAGCAGCUGGACGAGCUCCUGGCUGACCUGGGCCACAUGCAGAGCAAGCAGUUUGCAGUGGCGGGGCAGGGAGCCCAGGAACCAGAGGAGACCGAGCCGAAGCCCUCUCUGGACAAGAUGCUGGGCAGCCUCACCCAGGACCUGCAGGAGCUGGGCAUCACGGCCACCCCCACCAGCGUCUGUGCCACCUGUCACAAGCCCAUCGCCGGCAAGGUGCUGACAGCGCUGGGCAGGACCUGGCACCCUGAGCACUUCACCUGCACCCGCUGCGGGCAGGAGCUCGGUGCCCGGCCCUUCUUUGAGCGGGGCGGGCGGCCCUACUGCGAGGAUGACUACCACCAGGCCUUCGCCCCACGCUGCGCCUACUGUGCCGGCCCCAUCCGUGAGAAGGUCCUCACGGCCCUGGACCAGACCUGGCACCCCGAGCACUUCUUCUGCGCCCACUGCGGGAAGGUGUUCGGAGAUGAUGGUUUCCUGGUGCAGGGCGGGAGGCCGUACUGCCGCCAGGACUUCCUGGCCAUGUUUGCCCCCAAGUGCCUGGGCUGCGAGCGCCCGGUGAUGGACAGUUACCUGUCAGCCCUGAGGGGGGUCUGGCACCCCGAGUGCUUCGUGUGCGCGGACUGCCUGAGCGGCUUCGACAGCGGCUCAUUCUUCGAGCUGGAGGGUCGGCCCUACUGCGAGCAGCACUUCCACCAGCGCCAGGGCAGCAUCUGCCACGGCUGCGGCCGCCCCGUCACCGGCCGCUGCGUCACGGCCGCGGGGCGCAAGUACCACCCCGAGCACUUCAUCUGCACCUAUUGCCAGCGCCCGCUGCACAAGGGCACUGUCCGUGAGCACGGCAGCAAGAUGUACUGCCAGGCCUGCCACGACAAGCUCUUCCUCUGACCCCCAGCGUGCAGCCGCCCUUCCUGGGUGCCCCUGGCUUGGGUCCUGCCGACCCAAACAUGCUCUGCUUUGUUCCAGCCAUCGGCCCCCCCGUCUUGGGUCCUGCUGAGCCAAAGUCCCCAGCCUCAUCUUUGCCAAGCCAGACAUCCCGGGCAUCAUUCCUUGUCGCUCCCCCCUCCAGGACAUUCCUGGCAUUGUCCCUGCCCAGCCACACAUCCUGGGCUCUGCCCCCUUGACCUGAAGCAAUAAAACACUCUGCUCUGC